UUCAGUGCACAUCCUGUGAGACCCACACUGUAGCAGUCUGUUUCUAAUUUCAGCCUCAAAUUAAACAAGUUACAAUUCAGCUCUUGAGACACUGCUAUUUCAUCACUUCUGAUGCUGAAGAAUCAAGAGGCAUCAUGAAUUCAAACCCAGAGUCAGACUAUGAAUAUGAUUACAUCACUCCAGCCCUGAGUACGACUCCAGCAACUUGCACGGAUGCAUUGUGUGUUUUCUUAGCAAUAGCCACUGCGGUCAUCUUCUUCCUGGGUGUCGCUGGAAAUGGUUUGGUGAUCUGGAUGGCAGGGUGUAAGAUGAAGAAGUCAGUUAACACCACCUGGUACCUGAGUCUGGCCGUAUCUGACUUCCUGUUCUGCUCCUUCCUGCCCAUCAGUGUGGCUUAUAUGGUCAAAAAGGACUGGGUCUUUGGACUCUUCAUGUGCAAAUUCACUUCCUUCAUCCUGUUCCUCAACAUGUUCAGCAGCGUCUUCCUCCUCGUCAUCAUCAGUGUGGACCGCUGUGUGGUCGUUAUGUUUCCUGUGUGGGCUCAGAACAAGCGCACCAUAAGAAAGGCCGCUGUGGUGGUCAUGCUAGCCUGGAUCAUCGCAGCAGCGUUUAGUUCACCAUCAGCUGUUUUCCGAGACAUUCAUUAUGAUGCACACGAGGAGAGAAAUGUCUGUUACAACAACUACACAUCUGACCAGCAGCAUGCUGCUGUGGUGUUCUGCCGCUUCGUUUUUGGAUUUCUGAUCCCGUACUUGAUCAUUAUCUUCUGUUACAUUGUCAUCAUACAAAAGCUGAAAGGCAACCAGACAGCAAAGUUCAAAAAGCCAUUCAAGAUCAUGACGGCGCUGGUUGCUGCUUUCUUCAUCUGCUGGCUGCCUUUUCACACUUUUGCUUUGAUGGAACUAAACCACCACAAAUACGAGAGUAUUCUCCAUACUGGAUUGGUAAUCGGUGCCACUUUUGCCAGUGCUAACAGCUGUCUGAACCCGUUUCUUUAUGUGUUCAUGGGGAAAGACAUUAAGAAGAAAUGUGCACUUGUGACAAAGAUUGAAAAUGCAUUUGAAGAGGAGGAUGACCCAACCAUACAUUAAGAAACACCUUUUACCACUUUUGAAGAAGGCGAAGUAUGAUCUACUACUAACGACUCUUGCUAACACUUCAUAUGAAUCCUGUAUUCAUAAAUUAGUUACAGCAUUUUGUUGCACUGUAAAAUUUCUGUACAUUGCUAGAGUUACAUAAGCAGCACCUUCUAAACCAAUGUUUAUACUUUUAUUACAUGUAAUUCUUAUAACUCUAUCUGUGUAGACCAAUGUUGUAACCCACUAUAACAGUUCUGUUAUAUGCAUAUAUGAAAAAUACCAAUAUCAGUAUCAUAAAACAUCACUAUCAGAACAGAACCUUGUGAAAA